CAGUCGGGUGGCGGCGGCGGCGAUGCGGCGGCCCCGCUGAGCCCGCCAGCUCCGGGCGCCGGGGGCCGGCCGCGCGAGGCGGCCCGGGCCGGGCGGCAGCAUGCGGGGCGGCGAGGAGCUGGACGGCUUCGAGGGCGAGGCCUCGAGCACCUCCAUGAUCUCGGGCGCCAGCAGCCCGUACCAGCCCACCACCGAGCCGGUGAGCCAGCGCCGCGGGCUGGCUGGCCUGCGCUGCGACCCCGACUACCUGCGUGGCGCGCUCGGCUGCCUCAAGGUCGCCCAAGUGAUUUUGGCCCUGAUUGCGUUCAUCUGCAUAGAGACCAUCAUGGAGUGCUCCCCGUGUGAAGGCCUCUACUUUUUUGAGUUUGUGAGCUGUAGUGCAUUUGUGGUGACUGGAGUCUUGCUGAUUCUGUUCAGUCUCAACCUUCACAUGAGGAUCCCCCAGAUCAACUGGAACCUGACAGAUUUGGUCAACACUGGACUCAGCACUUUCUUUUUCUUUAUUGCUUCGAUCGUACUGGCUGCUUUAAACCACAAAACCGGAGCAGAAAUUGCUGCCGUGAUAUUUGGCUUCUUGGCAACUGCGGUCUAUGCGGUGAACACAUUCCUGGCAGUGCAGAAAUGGAGAGUCAGCAUCCGCCAGCAGAGUGCCAACGACUACAUCCGCGCCCGCACAGAGUCCAGAGACGUGGACGGUCGCCCCGAGAUCCAGCGCCUGGACACGUGAGGACCUGCCAGCGUCCUCCUCCCUUUUGUCCUUGUGCCCAUCCUUUCAAUCAAGUUUUCUUUCCCUCGUCACGUCAGAUUUUCAUGUGAUUAAGUUGAAUUUUGUCCUCUUUGGUAAAAGUUCAUUCUGGGAAAGGGUUUUCAGAGUGACCCUGUUGGCGGGUACGUGAGGCAGGGAGCCCCCUUACCCAGCUGUCCAGACAGAGGCGGGUGGGAGAGGCCUGCGGAUUCUCCAGCUUGUGGUGGCCUUGGGGGCAGCUGGCCUCACUGGCUGCCAUGUCCACUUUGUGUCGUCACUGUCCCUGAGCACAGCCUUCACAUGUGACUCUGAGCCACUCUGUCCGAUGUAUUUGUGACACAUCAAGACUUUGGAUUAAAUGGGGACUGCUGGGGGGAAACAGAGUCGAGGAAUGAAGGUACAGGGUUGAAACGGUCAGUGAGCAGCGGUCCCUGGGCCGCCCCCAUAGCGUGCUCCAGGUCAGCGUUCAGUCUCGCCGCCAGGAUCCUCCCCUGCUCCUCGUCUUCCAUGCCUGGGGCAUCGAGACAGCCAGCACAGGCCAAGCCCAGAAAGCACGUGUGACACUGAGGGUGUGCAGGCGGGGCUCUUUGCAGUCUGGAUUUUAUGGUGAUGGGACAAGCCGGUGUCCUCUGGGGACAGCUGCACAAGACCGCUGACAGGUGGGAGGGGUGCCUUUCGUUUCCUACCCUGCUGCGAAGUCACUUGAUUCUUCCUCAAAUGAAUCACCUCCCUGAAUCCCAGAUUCUCCUCCGGGAAUAUGGGGCCCGUCUUGUUUUCCAGGAUCCUACCUACCCUUCAUACUUUGAGGCUGAACUGCUUUACCUUCUCAGGUAAAAGCCACGAAGGAAAACCAGUCCAUUCCACCAGCCAGAACACUUGCUCAUUUGCUGGCUUCACGGACCACAGGUGGGGACAGACCUCUCUUUGAAGGAUGUGUGCUGAUUUUCAAAUGCCUGAGAGGAGUUCCAAAGUGAUUCUGAGCAGAUUUGCCUAGGAUUUGAAAAUACUUGAAUUUGUACCACGACGCGUCCUCUCACUGACGUUUCCGAAGGCACGAACUGUCGCUUUGUGCCUCAGGGUCAUGACUAUGAACAUCAAUCUCGGAAGCUGUUGGGAAAAAUGCUAGUUCUGUGAGGUUUUGAACUGAUUCUUGAUGAAGUGAAGAUUCUUGUGGUGAAUGAGUUCAGUGAGGCCCUACGAUGCUGUAGUUUGUUGUUUCUUGGUUUUUUUCUGUUGGAGACUAAUUGUAUCUUUUAUGGAAAAACUGUUUUAACUCGUCAGGUUUUCACUCUCUGAGCUGUUUUUAAUGUUUACAAACCUCACGCUAGCUCUAAUAUUUUACGUUUAGCCCUCUCCAAGGAAAAAACACUUACUGCUGGCGGGGAGAUUUUGCAGUAACGUGGAGAAUUCCCAGGGUCUUGUCCUAGGGAGCAUUUACAGCUUUAGCAGUGUACUGUGUAACGAGGGAGAGACUGCGUGUUUGGGGGGUGGGGAGGAGAGCGCGUGGGAGAAAAACGCCACCUCUGCACGGGCGCUGUUGCAGUCUUCAUCCAAGAGCAACGCCUGCUCUCCCAGCGUGGGGGACCGACCAGGUGACACUGCUAGGCUGGGGAAUCUGCAGGAAAUGGGACCGUGCUGUCUCUGAAAGGUCGGGGUUGGGGGUCAGCUCCCCGAAUAACAGCCAGUACAUUCCGAGUUCUGCUGUGGUUCCUUCCGGGGCAGUGGCCCAGGUCACAUGUUCCAGCUCCCGGUCAGUUCAGGGGUGUGGGCCGCUGGUGCGACCCACACAGUCUGCUGGUAACUCACCUUGCCGUCCGCACCCACAGAGGGCAGCCAGGCCCGGUCACAGCUGGGUGUGCUGCCCAGCAGGUCUGAGAGAGCCCUCUGCCCGUGACCAGCCAUGCUGCACAAGCUUCGAACCUAGUCUAUGUAGUGAUUUUCGAGGAGAUUAUGACAUCUGGAUUUUAUCUGUUCAUUUUAUAUAUUUAUUUUGCAUUUGUUGAGUGUAUAUGCUUAGGCAGAAUUGGGCUUAUCUCUCUCUCUGAGAGUUCUAUUGAAAACAAGGUCACAAAGACUCAGCCUUGCAUUAAGUGGGACCCACUUGGAAGGACCACCCUGAACUUUAUCGAGAUCUCCUGCUGGGAAUGGGAAUCAUGUUACUUGGCCUCAAUAAAAAAAAGCCGCCUUUGAGGUGAGAUUGAAAAAAAGAAUACCAUUCAGGCAGGAUUGUUGCCCAAGUUUCCCCAAGUCACUUCAAUAAAACCAGUUUAUCAUCUGGGAGAAAGGAGCCGACUGGCCUCGAGGAUGUGUUGUCAGCUGCAAGAAAUUGUUCUGAAGCCCAUGGAAACUGUAAAUGCCAAGAGGUGAUAAAAAGUGAUGACACCUUGUGCCACAGAGCGACCUAGGAGUUAAUUUGCAUUUUAGUGUUAGAAUCUCUGGAAUUAUUUAUGUCCCCGUAACUAUUUAAUGUCCUUUGUGCCAUGAGGCUCUCCCAUGAUUUUUGUAAAUAUAUUUGUUUAUAUUUAAUUAGCUCCUGCUGCAGCUGCAGGUGGCAAGGCACGCUGUCUAAUUGGUGCCACGCAGAAUCCUGCAUCUCGGCACCGAUGGCCGUGAGGUGGGGGGGAGUCAAGGAGGGAGUGUGGUUGUCUGUGGUGACUGCAGUGACAUCUGCAUCUUUCUUAUGUUGGCUCUGUGUACAAAGAAGACAAUCUAGAUUUGGGGGCUUUAGGGGACUAUUCUUUGCAAAUUCAAGGAAGCCUAUUUUCGCAUUUAAUAGUCCCAAUAUGGACCAGUGGCACUUUGGCCCGGGGCAUGUUAAGGCUCAGGCGCUCAGUGUUUCUCAGUUUUCUCGUGGGAGGACAGCGGCUCUCACGGUGUUUGCCAGACUCCCAGAGAGCUGCAGUUGCUGCGCACGUUUGAGUUUGUUCCUGGAGACCGGAUGGUGGGAACCCUCUGGCAUUGGGUGGAACGUCUGGUGGUUUUAGAUGGAUGCAAAUGCUGACAUCUUCCGAGAAAGUUUAUCUUGGCACUGACUUGCUUGAUGUGCUAUUUUUUUCCUCUCAUCCUCCUUUAUCCUCCCUCCAUGCUGCUGAAGUCCUGGCGGGAGAUACCUUUCCCCUUUCAUACGGAGAUUACAAUCACGAAAGCCUGAAGACACUUGUUGGCCCUACGUAAAGCCAGGGAAGGACAAAGGCGGUUACAGGUUAAAACCUCCUAAGAGAAGUUCAUGUAAAAUAAAGAAAAUAAGAGUUUUACUCUGUGCAGCAGCAGUCGUCCACGAGAUCCCCUUCACCUACAAAAAGGCAGGAACGUGGGAACCUGCCCACUCCCAGCAGCACGUCUUCCUUGGCAUUGGACUGAAGUGCCAGCACCGGCAGAGCCCAGCCUGGCCACAGGGAAGCCAGCGAGGACCUGGCUGGGCUCUGAGGCUUGGCACUGGGAGGUGGAUGACACCCCCAGCCCUUUGGGACCAAUACUGUCCCCUGGUAGGAAGGCUCACGCCCCCGGGUAAGCAUAGAGUGUGUCUGAGCUCCACCGUGUCAGAUGCUUCUGGUGAGAGCUUUGUGACUCAGCUGAAAACAUUCCUACUCUGUUGAAGUUUGCAGUUCCAUCUGCCUUUCUUUGAAGCUCCCUUAGUGAUUCAGACUUCGGCUCAGCCACAGGCGGUCUCUGAGGAGGUGAAGCACUAAGUCUUUUGUCUGCACGUGUAUGUGAAUUCGUGCUUGCAACGAAUGAGCCCUGAAUGACCCCUCCACGUGUCAGGUCCCACGUGAGGCCCAGUCUUACCUUUUCUUGCAGACUCGCACGUGUGUUUGGGAAGAACCCUCACCUCUCCGUGUGUUUAAGAGAUGGACCAAGGUCUGAUCUCUGGCUGUGCGAGAUUUUCUGUGGGCUGGUUUUAGAACCUGUCCUAACACAUGAAUAGAAUGUGGAGACAACAUGUGGCCGAUUUAGUGAUUCUGGAAGGCAGUCGAAGUGGUUGCCAUUGUGCCAUCCGUGUUCAAAACAAAGCAACCCUGAAGUCACUGUGUCCCUGCCUGACUGUCAUUUUCUCCAUGUCUUGUUCACAGGGAAAUAAUGACAUCGAACAGGUGGCUAAAGGUGAAAACACUUUCUAGGCCGAGGGCUGCUGAUUGAUUCUCUCGAGCAGAAAAAGUGGCUUCCUCCUCCAGGGACUGCCAUUGGCGUGUGACACUUUUUUAGUUCCUGCUGAAACCUGCAGAACCCCAGCGUUCUCUCUUCCCCAGGUCUUUCUUAUUUUAUCAGCACCCACCCUGAGGACCAGCUAGGCGACAGGCUGGUGAGAUGGGAGCGGGGGCAGGUCUAGGAGGGAGAGGAGGGCGGAGGAGGCCCAGCACGCCCGUACUGUCAGCCAUGGCACCGUUGAUAACGCCAGACGUGGUUACCAGCCCAGGCUGACUUGAAAAAAUGUACUUGGUUAACCACCUUCCUAUCCUCUUGUCUUUGGGACCGUGAGCUCUUAUGUCCUGGGACCAGCUUGAAAGCGAGUGCUGAACGCUGGGACCAGUAUUCCUUGGCGCCCUGGGUGGGCUCUUGGUGCUGAGUUUGGGAACUCAUGGGUCUGGAUGGGCGACUCGGAUUCUGGUUUGGGGGCCACUUAGGGAGGACACAGACCUAACACUGCCUGCCUUGAGCUUUAUAAACGUUCCUGUUUAAGAAAUCUGGUGUGUAUUCUCUUCUCAGCAGUUUUUUUCUCGGCAAAUAUGGUUGAAAUCUUAAGAACUGUCAGGUCAAGAAGGUAAUUUGAAAUAUUUGACCUUUUACAUUUCUUUUAUUUAGAAACUGUCUGGAAGAAAAUACCCUCACUAUCUGUUAGAUCUAGAAGAAUUUUCUUCUGAGUGAAUGUCCUGUUUGACUUUCUUCACACAGUAAAUGGCAUUUAUACAGUCGCAGGCUUGAAACAGAGGAUGGGUCCUGAUGUAUUUUCCCUUCUUUGGUCUAGUUUAUGUGCUUAUUCCAUUUGGAUACAAUUUCUCAAUCUUUGGGAUUUUUUUUUUCCAUUGUACUUUUUCUUAUUCCAUAAAUAUAACAGUAAAGAAAAAAGUUACCCACAAGCCCCCUGAGUUUGAAUCAAUGGCAACUUGCCUAGAAUAAAAUCUAGGUUAUGGGACCUUGCACAGUGUAUCCUUUGCAUAGGGUUAGUGCAUUGUCUACAAUUUGUAUGCCAAGACUUUAAUGCAGGUGCGUUGCUAUCCAGACUCCCUGGAGGGAGUGACAGGUUUGCACUGGGAUGCAUAAUACGCAGCAGCGAGAGCGCUGAGGGCUUAAUCACCAGUGAGCUGUCAGAACUUCAUGGUUUUGAUUUGCGAGGAGCAACUUGUCUCCGAUGCCCGUAAUCAGCUUUCUUGAUGCGGUUCAGGGUGAGGCCCCAAAUCUCUCUUCGUGAUUGUGCUCAAAGGAGAGAAGGUGUGAAACCCUGCGUUAGCAGCAGUCAGGAACAUCAAAUCGGAGUCUGUCUUUGCAGGACACUGCUGAAGCCCAGGAGGAGGCACCCCUUUUAUCAGGAAAGCCAUCUGCGGGGGGUGGUCAGGACACGAGGACAGCGUGGGGACCUGGUGCCCGCUUCAGGCAGGGCCAGGUCUGACUCGCGGCUGCUUCUCUUCACAGGCUGUUUUGCUUUCCUGCCUUUCCAGAAUCGAUUUUGCAAGUUUCAAGACUCUGUCCCCCUCUCUGCAGACGUGAGGAAGGCAAAUAUCUGGGGCUUGAAGGGAGGAGUGGCAGGUCCAGGGGCUGGGGGAAGGCCCAUUCUCGGGGGCGGGUGAGGGUGGGUUGCUUGGAUGGCCCCCCAAGCUGGCCCAGGUCCACUGAGGGGCCACCCGCUUCCAACUCUUCACUCUGGAACCCAUUUAAAAACGAGUUUUCAAAUCCCACCUCAUGAUGAAAUUGACUUAUGUGGACAAAACCAGUGCUUUUCAUAACUUGAUUUUGUUCAGUGUGCUUCCCUCUAAGAGAAUGCUAGGGAUCGAAACUAUUUGUAUAUGUUGAAAUUUGUAGGGGUUCAGGAACCCGUGACAGAAACAUUUAACUAUUUAUUACAGGUAUGACUUUUUUUUUUUUUCCUGAAGUAGGUAAUUCUCUUUUUGUAUAUUUUAAGACAAAUAAUAAUCACUUCACCUUUGGUGCCUUCCGUGUGUCACAUAAGCACUCUUGUCAAUCAUGGAAUUGAAAAAAAGAUGUACAUUUAGUUAAACCAGAUAACACUAUUUUUGUAGCAUGAUUUUAGAUUGUGUCCUUUUAACAUUGCUUUCAGCAAUGCUGGUUCUGAGGUUUGGCCAUUUUCCCUUUAAACUUCAUAUGUAUUUUAAAAAAGAAAAAAACCCUGACUAUUCCUGUCUCUUCUCUGCUGCUAUCUCCCCAGCAUCUUGUUUCUGCUUAUUUAAAUAGUCUGAGAGGAAGAGUAUAUUUCUGUGAAAUAAUUAUUAAUCAGUAAAAUUGCAUUUGGCAUUUUUUAACCACUUGUUCAGUUUGGAGAGCCACUCCUCACCUCAAACAGGACGAGGAAAGUGGCUCCAUAUUUAAAAAAAGAACAGAACAUCCUCGGUGCUCUGACUGCCCCGUCUUUGGGUCCAAAAUGGUGAAAAGCCCCGUUGUGGGCUAGUGGCCCGGAGGGCGUUCUCUGGCCCGGUGUCUCCGGAUCAGCUCAGGCUGUCCCGCUAGCUUUGCCACCCGCCUCCCUCUGUCUGUGUGGGGCGCUUCCCGGAGCGCCUCCCUGGGCCAUGGGCUCACCUUCCACUCGGAUUUCAGAUUGCUGCGGGGAUGCGCUGGGUAGGCUCGGUGGCCCUUUCUGGUUUUGGCCUGAACAAAAUGGAUGCCCUGCUGUGAGGAGCUUGAUGAAGUCAAGACACAGGUCACACUUGAGCUGCUCCUUCGGUUGUCCCACCCCUGCAGGACUGAGUUAUGUCUGGUCAGGAAAAGUCUCGAGUACACUAGCUGAGCCGGUGCAAAAUGAAGGAAUGGAUUUAUUGAAACGUAAAAUUGUAGGUGUUUUUUUUGGUCCUUCUGAAGGAUCAGAAUAUGUAAUUAUUUUCUAACAAAGGAAGUCAAGUCAGAUGGCUAAUAACUCCAAUACGAUUACUCAUUGGUACUUGGCCCAGUGGCACUUUUCGGGUGCAAUGUUAAUUUAAUAACGAUUACACUUUCCUUCUGAAGGUCUGUUUCCUCUACAGUUUAGACGCAGCUGCGGGGCUUUCUGAGGUGAUGCCUAUUUGGCAAACUUUGGCUGAUGCUGUUCAGAGCUCCCACCUGGCUUCUCAAACCAACAUGGAUGCCAUGGGCUGGGCACCACGCACUCCAACUGGCUCUUGGGUUGGACUCUAUCCAUUUGGAGUGAUUUGGGGCCCCAAAGCCUUUGCUCCUCUCGGCUUGUCCCUGACAGCAGAGAAAGCCUCACGUUGCCCUCAGUUUCCCCCUUUCUUUUGAAGGACCAACUUUUCAUGGUACUUGUCCUGAUUGUUUUCAUAGUGUUCAAAUCUGUAUUUUUGUAUGUAGAGGGAAAUAAUUUUCUCAACACUAAUCGCUAAUAAAUAUUGUAUUAAAUUGUCAUGAAGGAGUUCUUGUUUAAUAAAUGGACAUGUAAAAAUGG